GCCUGCGCGACGACUUCAUUCGAGGAAGUGGUUAACGCCGAAGCGACAGGCUAGAGUUUGUUGUCCUUUUCCCUUUGAGAUCGGAUAAAACAGCCUGCAGUGUGUUCAGGAUGUCGGAAUUUGAUAUCAACCCGUUCGCAGACUCCAACGACAACCCUUUCAAUGAUCCUUCUGUCACACAAGUAACCAGUUCCACCAUAGAACCAGUGGACCGGUACAGCACUUUCCCUGGACAUGCUUCAGAUGGCCUAACUAAUCCUACCACUCCAGCCUCUGCCUUUCCCUACCAGCCUGCUGUAUUACAGCCAUCUACAGUGCCCAGUCCACAGGCGACGGCUACUGCAGCUCAGGCCAACUUGCUGAGGCAGCAGGAGGAGCUGGAGAAAAAAGCUGCCGAGCUGGACCGCAGAGAGCGGGAGAUCCAGAACAGAUCCCAGACAGGUAAAGAGAACAACUGGCCUCCUCUUCCCAAAAGCUGCCCCAUCAGUCCAUGCUUCUACCAGGACUUCUCAGAGGAAAUCCCCCCAGAGUACCAGAGAGUCUGCAAGAUGCUUUAUUAUCUCUGGAUGUUCAGCUGUGUAACCCUGUUCCUCAACCUGCUGGCGUGUCUGGCUGCCUUCAUCACUGACACAACGCAUGGAGUGGAUUUUGGCAUGUCUAUUCUCUGGUUCAUCGUGUUCAGUCCCUGCUCCUUCCUCUGCUGGUACAGGCCCAUCUACAAGGCCUUCAGGACUGACAGCUCCUUCAGUUUCUUCUUCUUCUUCUUCGUGUUUUUCUUCCAAGUGGUGAUCUUCAUCAUCCAGUCUGUAGGCAUCCCGCGCUGGGGGAACAGCGGUUGGCUCUCUGCUUUCGAGAUGAUCUCAAACAUAGCAGUGAUGGCCAUCAUGAUAAUAGUGGCCAUCCUCUUCACCAUAUGUGCCAUCCUGUCUGUCAUCCUACUUAAAAUGGUCCACAGCAUGUACCGCCGGACUGGGGCCAGUUUCACUAAGGCCCAGCAGGAAUUCUCACAGGGCGUCUUCACCAGUAAGACCUUUCAAACAGCCGCUUCUACUGCAGCAUCUUCUGCUGCCCAGGGAGCCUUCCAAGCAAACAACUAAUGGUGGGCUGAGCUCUGUUUAAGGGGCCAUGGUCUAUAUAUUGUCAGGGCUAGAAACGAUAAACAAAAAGGCAGUUCAUAUUAAUAAGAAUGUGUUGAUAUCAAUGAUUCUUCCUUUUGGAACAAGUGGCUGCAAACAGUUUAACCUUACAAUGUGUAGACCUUGAGUCGAUCUGAGGCUGUUACCGGCCCCCCUCCUCUCCCCAUUAAUGCACAAACAUCUCCACAUGCUAACUUGGCUUUCACCUGCAGCGUGUGUCAUGUGGUUCAUUUUGAGUGUAAAUGGAGUUGAGGACGGCGUCCAUCAAGUCCCUGUACAGGUGGAGAGCAUGAAUGAAGAUGAUGAAUGAUUGCUGGCUUUUUUAUUUUGUGUAGACUUGCUCUCCUGCGUGCAUGUGUGUGCACAGUACACGGCUGUUUGUCCACAAUGAGCGUACAUCCUGAUCCUGUAAUAUAUAAAUCACCGAUUGGUAUUUUUUCAGGAUUUUUGUUGUUCUUGUGAAAAGUCUGAGAAUUUCAGUCCAGUGAGAAACAAUUUGCAGACGAAUCACAGUUAAUUCUAAUCUGUUUUGACUGGUUGGUUUUCAGUUUGUUUUUUAAUAUUCAUCUGAAUCUGGGGUUUGUGUUUAGCUUUAUCUGGAAGUAACCCAGAGACAAUGAGAAAUAAUUGUUAUAAUGUGUUUCCACAGUCACUUCUCUGUGGAACUAACUUCCUUGAUGUCGUGGAAGAACCACUGUGGUAUCAUGAUUUAAUAUAUAAAGUAUAUAUAUAAGCUCAUAAUGUUCAUGAUGGUUUCUACUUUUAAGAGCCACAUUUUAUACAUUUCCAUACAUUUCUAUUGAUGCCAUGCUUAUACAAAGUUCAUUUUCACUUUAAUUUAGAGUGAGGAUGAAUUUGUUUUUAGGGUGAAUGCUGAUCAUGCAUCAUGCACUUACUCAAAAUAUGAAACCAAAGCGACACGAGAAAUAAUGUAAACCUUUGGCAGUAAAAUAAAUUCACACACUGACUGAUGAGCAGCUGUUGGUUUAAUGGUCCCUGAGGACUGGGCAGCACUGUAUUUGGCCUCAGGGCUUAAUAUGACUUUGCUCUAAUGAGGUUUAAAAUUUAUUUGUAACCUGCACCUGAGCAGUGUAUAUCUGCCGUAACAGUGAUUCCUUUGUAAUUACCUGUUAUGUUCUGUCUUGUUCAUUUCAACGCGUUCUCCUUUUUCCUAAAAGCUCUUUAUAUUGUAACUACUAUCAAAAUGAUGUAUCCUUAAAUACUUUGUUUACAGAUGUAUCGUUUAUGUGUGAUUGUAUUGGAAAAUGCAUACUGUAUGUUUGCAGAACAUCAGCUGGGAUGUAGUUAUUGUUUCUAAAGAACAAUUGUAAACUCACAUGAUUUGUGUGAUGAGCAGACUCUAAGGUUUAAUCUGUCAUUCAUGGUAUAAUACAAGGUUUGUAUUCAUUUACACCUUACCUUUGCAUGCAAUGUACUGGGGAGAGCAGAAUUCUGUGACUUUUGUAUUUUGAUAUUGAAUAUUGCGUCUAAUAAAAUGCUUUGCUUUGA